AGAAGGAUGGAGGCGAGCGGUGUGGGAGAAGAACAUGAGGAUGAUCGAGCAGCACAAUGGGGAGUACAGCCAGGGGAAGCACGGUUUCACCAUGGCCAUGAACGCCUUCGGGGACAUGACCAAUGAAGAAUUCAAACAGCUGAAGAAUGGCUUUAAAAUCCAGAAGUACCGGCGCCAGGGGAAAGUGUUUCGGGAACCUCUGCUGUUUGGGAGCCCCAAAUCUGUGGAUUGGAGAGAAAAGGGCUACGUGACUCCUGUGAAGAACCAGGGUCAGUGUGGUUCCUGUUGGGCAUUUAGCGCAACUGGAUCCCUGGAAGGACAGAUGUUCCGGAAAACUGGCAAACUUAUCUCGCUGAGUGAGCAGAACCUUGUUGACUGCUCUCGGCCUCAAGGCAAUUUGGGCUGUGAUGGCGGGCUGAUGGAUAAUGCCUUCCAGUACAUCAAGGAAAACGGAGGCCUGGACUCAGAGGACUCCUAUCCUUACGAAGCACAGGAUGAAACCUGUAAGUACAAGCCUGAGUUUGCAGUUGCUAAUGACACUGGAUUUGUGGACAUCCCUCCGAGGGAGAAAGCCCUCAUGAGCGCGGUGGCCACUGUGGGGCCCAUCUCUGUGGCUAUUGACGCCGGACACGCAUCCUUCCAGUUCUACAAAUCAGGAGUUUAUUAUGAUCCAGAAUGCAGCAGCAAAGACCUAGAUCAUGGUGUUCUGGUGGUUGGCUACGGUGUUGAAGCAAAUUCAAAUAAGAAAUUUUGGCUUGUCAAGAACAGCUGGGGUCCAGAAUGGGGCGCAGAUGGCUAUGUCAAAAUGGCCAAAGACAAGAACAACCACUGUGGAAUUGCCACCGCAGCCAGCUAUCCCACUGUGUGAGCCGACGACGGACGGGGACAGUGGAGGACUUGCGGACAGCAUGUCCAGAGGCACUCUCUCUCAAAACUGACCAAACCUUUAAUGUAUAAAACAAUACUUGAAUCAUUGAGGAUCCAAGUUGUGAUUUGAAUUCUGUGACAUUUUCACAAGGGUAAAAUGUUACCACUACUUUCGCUACURUUAUAAACAGCUUCAUGAUAUUGAAGACUCAUUGUUUAAUUCUAAGACUUUUGAAUUUUCAUUUUUUAAAAUGUGUAAAGCUUUCUUUACAGAAUAAAUUUUAGUUCAGUAUAUA